AUGACGAAUUCAAGCUUGCAAAUCUCCGAAGGAAAGUCACAGUCAGGCGGCGACCAAGUUAUCAAUACUGAAUUGUUUAAAGGGAGAGAUAUUCUCCGAUCAGAAACUCCAGAUACCUGGCUGCCUGAAUGUGCCAUGAAACCAGAUAUCACAUUUCAAUGUGAAGUGUGCAGUGAAUAUUUCAGCAUUCACAACCUGUCAUAUCAUCGUUCUUACCACAGAGCACUGAUCACCCUUAACUACAGUCAUUCACAACUGCCCAAAGAUGUGAAGUCACUCUCUCAGAGAAGAAAAAAUAUCUUGAAAAGUUUACUAGCAGAUUCCCCGAAUAAAAACUAUAUACAUCCAGCAGAUGUGAAAACAGUUGAUGCUGCAUUUGAGAUUGUGAAGAAUCAUAUUGAAGAUGUUGGUGAAGACAAUGGCUGGACUGACGAGACAGGGGACACAAGUCUUGAGAGUGCAGCUUUCAACUCUAGUCUUGACUGUGUGUAUGCGGUUGGUGUCUGCAUAAGUCCAAACAGGCACUGGAAACAGAACAUGGAAGAUGCGCACACAUACCAGGAUUAUUUUGGAGGUGAUAAAUGUAAGUGUUACCUGGCCGUGUUUGAUGGUUACCAUGGAACAGUUGCCGCCAAAAGAUCCAGUCAAGAGCUGCAUGGCAUUUUGCUCAAAGAAAUGGCAAAAUUUGACUCAAAAAUCAAGUCAACAGUGGCAAGAAACUUGGCAGAAUCUUUCACAGCAAGGUCGAGCGAUGAGCAGCUAAGACCUGAUACAAGAGAAAGCUUCAGAGAGAAUUUGCAUCAAGAAAGUAUGGACAUAGUAGAGCAUGUCAUUAAUAACUGUUGCGAGAAUUACAACAAGAUAAUGGAGGACACAAGCGGGGUUAUCCAGAGAACCAAAAAUCAUAAAAAAAGGCAUAACAUGACAGAACAGAUACGUAAUGCUUUUAUGAAAUCAUAUCUUCUCAUGGAUAUUCAUCUGUCUCAUGGACAAGGUGAAAGUUCAAAGGUGAGGUGGAGUGGUACCUCAGCUGUUACUGUGCUCAUACAGGAUAUGAAGCCAAAUAUAAAUGGCAAAUUUAGCAUUGAAAAAGAGUCCUUUCCUUCAGUAGAGACAACAAAGAGUAUCAAAUCACAGGAAGUUAUUGCCCUAAUUCACAUUGCUAAUGCAG